UGCAUCAUGCGUGUGCAGUACGCGUUUGUCGUGUUGGCCGCCGCGGCCACGACCGUCGUCCGGGUCGACGGAUACCUAGACUUCUUGUCCGACUUGUACGAUUGCGGAUCCACGGACUUGGACGAGUGCCUCGAACGCCGAUUGGAGAAAACCAUGGAUGAAGUAUUGGACAAGAACGAGACAUACCGGCUGAACCGGUACCUGACCGUAACCGCGAACGGUAACCGCCGCCAACAUCCUGCGGGCCAAGAAUUGGUCGAGAGGUUUUUGGACUUUUUCAACGCUCUGCAAAUCCAAUACCAACCGGAAGAAGAUGACGGAUCGACCGAUGACGUUUUAGAAGGUCGUAAGAAAAAAGGUGGCAUUAAGUACAAAAAACACAAAAUGGGCUUGAUGAUGGGAUUCACGUCGAUGGGCAUGACCAUCAUCGGCGGACUGUUCAACAAGAUGAUGGUGGGCGGUGCAAUAUCGAUAGCCAUAAAAGCUCUGAUUAUAGCCAAAAUCGCUCUACUCCUGGCCGGAACCAUGGCCAUAAAAAAGCUGUUGAGCGGUGGUAUCGGCGGAGCAGGCAUAGUCAGCGUCCACCCUUCCUGGAACGGCGGAGGGGGUGGGGGUGGAAACGAACAGCACAACGGUUACCGCAGGAGCUACGCCCUCCAACCGAGUAUGACCACAGCCGACGCGUUGGCUUACAGGGAUCAAAUCGACACGUAUAGCAACGCCCGAUAUUCCCAUUAGUCUUGCGACGCAUAGUUAGUUGCCAGGGGUGGAUUUAAGGAUUCAAUUAAUAUAUAUAUAUAUAUUUAUUUUAAUAAAUUAACAAUCCGUAAUAGGGGUUAACUUAACCUACCCUAACAAUGGUAAAUGAUACUGCAGCUUGCAAUAUAUAAUGUAUUUAUUAUUUUGCGCCUAAAAUUUAAAAAAAAAUUAACUUUACAAUUGAAGUUGUCCCCGCCCAGUAUACAUAUCCCAGAUAGCAUUUUGUUAUCUAAAAAUAUUAUUAUGAUAUUCUACCAAUAUUGUUCUUAAUUAUAAUAUUAGUAUGACGUUAUAAUAAUAAUACUAUAUUAGGAGUUUGCCAAGUAAACUUCCGUUAAAUCCACCACUGUUAGUCGCAUAUCGUGAAGUGUAAAUUAUGUUAUUAGGUAGUAUAAUAUAUCCGAUACGGAAGUAGGAUGAAAAAAUCGUGAGGUAUCAAACUCUUUGAUGGUGUACACAUAUUUUUUUCAUAAUUUGGACAUUUAGCUGAUAAAAAUAUGUGGACAAAAUCGUUUUUGGUAUAGGUACAUAUAUUUUUUUAUUUCGGUAGCAAAUAAUAAUAAUAAUAAUAGUAAAUGUAAUAAAUUAUAAUCUUGUGUUUUAUACGUGUAUAUAACGACAAACUAAAAAUUAUAAAACAAUAAUUAGAGAUAUUAUUAUGCCUGAAAGACAAAAUCCCAUAGAAACAUCGAAGGGCGUCUAACUCAUCACAUAUUUUGAUGUAUGAAGUAUGCUCAUAUUGCAGCGUCAAUCGAUGUGGGAAGUUUUUUCAGUUAGUAUAAAAAUACAUCUUACUACCUUAUCGUCGCCACUAUAGGCUUACAAAUCUUUGAGAGUAUAUAAUAAUAUAUUAUGUAGUUUACUUUGGUUCACGCAAUUAGAUAAUAUA